UUGGUUUUUCUUCCAUCUGUCUUUCCUUUUCCUUUUUCCUUUUUUUUUUUUUUUUUUUUUUUUUUGUUCUUCUUGAUUGAUUUAAUCUAUUGAAUGCUCUCUUUAUCCAUUGAAAUUGUAAUUCAAGGCAUAAGCGUGAAGGCAUACCUCAUCAAAGGAGAGAAGCAUCGAUUACUCCUACAGGUGAUCGUAGACAAGAUCGAACACUUAUAUCGGUCAUGUAAAACGAUGGUCCAACACUGUUUUCAGAUGAUUCAAGAGAAGAAGCAAGAGAAGAAGCAAGAGAGGAUUUUUCAAAGGAAGAAUCAAGAGAGGAUUCAAAGGAUGAAUCAAGAGAGGAUUCAAAGGAUGAAUCAAGAGAGGAAAUCAUGUAACAAUUCAUGCGUGUCUCUGUUAAACAAAGUGAUAGUCAUCAUUAUUACGAUAUCAUGUUUACCACUGUUUCUGUCAUGUUUGGCCAUCGUGUUGGCAGUCGGAAUCACGAUUGUGAUCCUAUAUUGCCUUGGUAAACUGAUCCUCGCGGCGCUACGCAGCCUGGUUUCAAUGCUCUCAAGGUGCUGUGAAACACAUUUAUAUCAGCUAAAGUUGAUGGAUGAGUAUGCCCGUAAGGUUAUACAUUUGAUAUGUGAUGAGUCAUUUUCAAAAUUAGAUGAGAUCCAGUUUGUGCAAAGUAAAGCAGUGGAAGCAACCUUCCAGGCUAUCAAGAAUGGCAUCCCAGACAUUGUGAAAGAAAUUAUAAAAGCUAAUGCAAAUAAUGAAUUAUGGUGCAGCAAAUUAGAUCCUGAAGAUCCAUCAAGAAACAUAUUUGCUUGUGCUAUAGCACAUCGUCAAGAGGAAGUGGCACACCUUCUUUAUGAAUCUCAAAAGGAGAAAAACGUGCUUUUUUCCAUCGAUGAAAAUGGAAAUAAUACAUUACAUCUCGCAGCAAAGUUAGCCCCUAACUAUCAAACAGGUUACAUCUAUGCUGCAGCUUUACAAUUGCAAAGUGAACUACUGUUUGUUAGAGAACACAAGGAUUUGCUAAAAGAAGCAGAAGAAUGGGUGAAGAAAACAGCAGAAUCUUCAACAGUCGUUGGUGCUCUUAUUAUUACAAUUAUGUUUGCAGUGGCUUUUUCUGUUCCUGGUGGGAAUGAUGCAAAUACAGGUUUCCCCGUACUUUUGCACAAAACACCGACACCGUUUCUGGCAUUUAUGGUGUCAGAUGCAAUUUCUCUUUUUACUGCAUCCAGUUCAGUGUUAAUGUUUUUGGGGAUUUUGACUUCACAUCAUUCUGAUGAAGAUUACCGCAAAACCUUCCUCUUGAUUAUCGGCCUUACUUCACUCUUCGUCUCUAUUGCAACAAUGACCACAGCAUUUUGUACUGCUCUUUUCAUAAUGCUGCAAGGUCAAGGUAGACUGGGGUUAGUCAUUCCUAUAACUCUGUUUGCUGGUAUUCCUAUCGUAUGCUACGUGUUGUUGCAAUUUCCUCUUCUGGUUGAGAUUUUGGGUUUGACUUUUAGCUCAAACAUCUUUGGUAAGAAAAAAAUAUCCUCGAUGAGCAGGACGGCAGAUAUGGUCGCUAGGGGGAUGAGGAACUUGAGGGGUUGAGGACAGCGGUAAAAAGUUCUUGCAAUUUCUAGUGAUGCCAGUGAAUUAGUCACUUGAAUGAAUGUUGCUUUGAAUAGAUGAUGUUUUUUUUUUUUUUUUUAAUACAUGCGUGUUGCUUUGAAUAAAUGAUUGUUGUCAUGUAUGUCAAACUAUGCUUUGACCGUUCGUCAAAGUUGGUGAUUGAUUAGGCUUCUGCAUUUGCCACAGUUGUAAUAAAUAUUUGGUGGAUAU